AUGGUAAACUCUCCGAAGGGUUCGAUGUUUGUGAAAUCAGUCGAUGUUUCGGAUGUAUCCAAGGAUGCAGAUUUGUUAUUUCAUGUUCUGGAUAAGAUGGUGGAGGAAGUUGGAGAAAAAAACGUAGUACAAGUUGUAACUGAUAAUGCUUCAGCAUAUGUAAGGGCAGGGAAGAUGUUGGAAGCCAAAAGAGAGCAUCUUUAUUGGAUACCAUGUGCUUGCUCAUUGCUUGUAUUUGAUGCCGGAGGACAUUGGAAAAAAGAGUGGGAAAAGGCAAAGUGGUCCAGCAAAGAUCAGAUUGCAAAAAAAAUCAAAGUUCUUAGGUUAGUUGAUGGAGAAAAGUAUCCAGCAACGGGCUAUAUUUAUGAGGCUAUGGAUAGGGCUAAAGAAGCUAUUCGUGAUAGUUUUUCCAAUGCGGAUGACUACAAGACAACUUUUCAAAUCAUUGAUCAAAGGUGGGAAUGUCAACUGCAUAAACCUCUACAUGCAACAUGA